AUGAAUGACAAAACAGAUACUGUUUGCACAGAAAUUCCUAUUGAAAAUAACAUUAACACAACACAAGGACCAGCAAUUAACAAUACAAAUUUGGAAAAUAUGCAAUCAAAUGAGCAAGAAAAA